AUGUCUGCAACAAAGCCAAAGCCAAAAACUAGUACUUCCUCAGUUUCAAAACACAAAUCAACAAGUACCGUGACAAUUUCAAAAACAAGUAGCGGAGGAACAUCAGCAUCAAAAUCUCAUCCAUUUGAAAGUAUAGAAUCAAAAAAACAGUUACACACCACUGAACCUAUUGUUAAAGACUCUGUCACCACGACGUCGACAACCGCGAAACCAAGUAAAUUCUAUUUUUCUUGUCGAAACAACGAAAUUGAUACAGUUACUUCAUUACUACCAAAACUUACACUCGAAGAGAUUAAUCAGAUUGGACCAAAUGGCUCUACAGCUCUACAUGCUGCUGCUUACUAUGGAAAUAAGGAAAUAGUCAAAUUGCUUUUAUCGAAAGGUGUUCAACGCAUGAUUAAAAAUAUGCAUGGUUGCACACCAUAUGAUGAAGCUAAGACUGGAGAUAUAAAAAAAUUAUUUCAACGUGUGGAAAGAGCUGGAGCAGAAUCGAAAAGUCGAUUCGCUGGUGACAAAGGUCCCUCAUAUGAAUGGAUAUUCGUCAAGAGUGAUCCUUCGAGCUAUGCUUCCUUCAAUCGUGAAACAAUUAAAAACAAUGAUCCAACGCAGGUUGUUCGUGCUUAUACAGCAGAGACCGGCUUUUACCAUCGAGUUAACACAGAUCUUGCUCAGCUGCCUACUCAUUGGUCUGGAAGCAAACAUGAACGAAAUAUUGCAUCGAUAAUGAUAUUUCAUCCUGUAUUUCAAGGCUUCUCGUUUACAGGUGAAACAUAUCGUGGAAUGAUCAUGUCAUUGGAGGAUCUUCAGGACUACGUCGUUGAUACUGUGUUUAUGAAUAAGACAUUUCUGAGUACAUCAAAAGAACGAACACGAGCUGAAUCGUUUGCCGUAUCAGAUGAAUCUUCUACAGUUUUUGGAGUUGUUUGUAAAUAUUUGAUCAAGCAUACUGGUACAGCUCUAGCUAUUGAAGAUAUCUCGGAAUAUCCGUUCGAGAAAGAAGUCCUUAUACUGCCUUAUGUUUCAUUCAAAGUGCAAAGUGUUCGAAAAUCAAGUGGAAAAGUUGAUGUUAUUACAGAAAUUCAUGUGGAAGAAGAGGAUCAAGUGAAGUGGACAAUGAAAAAGUCAUCUAAAACGUCACAGAUACAUACCUCAGUCAAAAAGAAGAUAGGUGGAAGUCAAAAUGAUGACGAUGACAGCUAUGCAAAAAUGUUCAAAGAUUCACAAGAAAAAGGAAAAAUCGAUCCAGCUGAUCUAGCCAAAUGGAAAAAAGAAAGUUUUGGAAUUGAUCCUGAAACAGAUACUUAUGCGAAAAUAUGGAAUGAUGCGAAGAAAGGUAAAUUUAGUAAGAGUGAUUUGGCAAAAUGGAAAAAAGAAAGUGGUAUAGUUACAAAAGGUGCUGAUCAUGAUGAUUCAGAUUUAGAAAGUUACGAUGGUGAAAAUGAUCCAACUAUUUUUACGGCAUCAAAUGAACAAAGUUAUGCUACCUCGAAAACGUUCAGUUCAAAACAUCCAUUUGAUAUGAAAGACUUGAUGGCUAAUUCUCCACAAUAUCGUAUAUGUGAUUUUUGUAAUGAAAAAUUAUUAAAAGAAUCUCUUACGCCUAAUGGUAUAACAUAUAAUGAUGCAUUAAAUAAUCAUGAAACAAAAGAUGAGACCGAUCUUUCGUUUGAAGUUCGACCAGAACGAUUACCACCAACAACAGAUACUCAAUCAACAUCCUAG